AUGUUUGCAGCGCCAUGGGUGUGUCGAAGCUGCUCGCAGUUGCUACCACGCGCUUCCGCGCAGUUUCUGCGUAGAGCUAGCACAAACAGCCAUGCGGCCCUCCCGGCAAUUUUGCUGCAACGGGCGCGGAAACUCGCCACCGAACACGCACAAUUGAGCACCUCCCUGGCGAGUAGCUACGACACCAAAACCGCGAAACGUGCCGGCGAACUCUCCGGCGUCGCCUCGGCCCUGAAGGAAUGGGAGGCGGCCAAGGCGGCGCUCCUGGAGCUCGAGGGCUUGCUGGGCUCGGACGAUGCCGAACUGCGAGAUCUGGCCGAGGAUGACCUCGAGGCGACGAAUUCCCAGCUCGACGCGGUGGCCCGCAAGCUCUCCAUGGCCCUCACGCCGAAGCACCCCUUCACCGAGAUGCCGUGCCUGAUCGAGUUCCGGCCGGGACCGGGCGGCCUCGAGAGCCGCUUCUUCACCGACACGCUGUUCGGCAUGUACCAGAAGUACUGCGGGCGCAAGGGCUACCGGACGCGGGUGGUCAAGUACGAGCUGUCGGACAACGCCGGGGACGCGUCGGGGUCGGCGGGCGAGAGCCCCGUGCAGGAGGCGGUGCUGGAGGUGCAGGACGCGGGCUCGUACGAGGCGUUCCGCGGCGAGGCGGGCAUGCACCGGGUGCAGCGGGUGCCCGCGACGGAGAAGAGCGGGCGCACUCACACGAGCGCCACGGCGGUCUGGGUGCUGCCGUCGUUCCCCGACGGCGGCGCCGAGGAGUCGUCGGGCGACUUUGACGACCCGGACAGCGACUUCUACAUCAACCCGGCCGACGUCCGCGCCGAGACGAUGCGCGCCCGCGGCGCCGGUGGGCAGCAUGUCAACAAGACCGAGUCGGCCAUCCGGCUGACCCACUUGCCGACGGGGACGACGGUCAGCAUGCAGGACUCACGGUCGCAGCAGCGGAACCGCGAGUACGCGUGGCGGCUGCUGCGGUCGAGGAUCGCGCAGCAGAGGCGCGAGGCCCGGGAGGAGCUGGCGAGGCAGCUGAGGAGCAGCGUCCUCUCCAAGGCGCAGGUGACCCGCGGGGACAAGAUCCGGACGUACAACUACCAGCAGGACAGGUGCACGGAUCACCGGUCGGGGGUCGACGUCCACAACCUCCCGGAUGUGCUUGAGGGCGGCGAGACGCUGGACAGGCUCAUGGGCAGCGUGAAGGAGUGGCUGGCCGAGACGGACAUACAGGCGGCCAUCGCCGAGGAGGAGGCCACGACGGCGCAGGCGGAGCCGAAGGGAAAGAGGGCCAAGAAGUGA